AGUGCUUUAUCUUUGUAUUUUUGACCUGUGUUUCUAUGUUGUCGGAAUACGUUUAAUUCAGCGAGGUUUGUAGUUGCCGCACUAGACUGUCAGCAUUGUCACAUACCGACAUUCACUCAAUCGAAAUAAACGCGUAAUAAGGAUUAUUAUAUCGCUUGAAAGAUGACAGAUCAGAAGCAUUAUCCUAGUGUUUGCUUAGUACUGUAUGUUAGCAAACAUCCCAUGUACCACACGCUGGCACAUUCACAGCAUGAUUUAUACUUCUCUUUUAUCAAACUACUUGCUUUAGACCUCGAUAUUACCAAAUGCCUACAACCUACAUAAGCUAUAACAUAUAGUUUCAUGCUUUUCCUAGCAUUGUAACGCGAUACACGCAUUGCGCUUGAAGCAAUUUAGCGCUUUAGAAAUUCUUUGUUAAUUCAAUUUUAUGUAAGAAGAGAGGAGGAGCUUGAUGACGUCAUAAGAAGGAAAGCUGAGGAGGCCAAGCUGGUCAGUAGUGUGAUGGUGUCGUACAAGAAGCAUAAAGUUAUCUGUCUUUAACAAGUUGUGAUCAAUAAUCAUGUCUCUACUUACAUCUCUUGUUCUACUGCAACUUCUAGUGAGCUACAAUGAUGCCGCAGGUAUGUUAUGAGUGUUGUAUGUCUGUCAUUCUCGCGUCUUGGCCUAGAUCGUGACAAAACAACGCAAUGUUACGCGUGUCAAAUAGCAGUGGAAUACCUACAGUUCGCGCUGCGAGCAAGGAAAUCGCGCUUAAAGUUGAAUAGCAAACGUGAUAAUAUAUCAAGACAGUCUAUAUAAUAUUUGUUCAAUAAACAUACCUUUAGACUCGCUCGACUGUUUUGUUAUUUAAUUAAUAUCCCUUCGGCAUAAAACCCCUCAAGAUUCCUUCUCAAAGUGCGUUAGAUCUGCGUCCCAACUUUAAUACUCGAUUACAUUGCGCAAAAUUCGCGUCUAAUUUGCUGUAACUCGCGCGUAUUUGUUGGGGAAGUCGGUAACAUGCGCUGACAUUGAAGUUAUUCGAGGGUUAUAUAGAAUUUGGUAUAAUGAUUAGAGGGUAAUAUCUUUGUGUGUUAUGAUAUUUGCGACAUUAUAUAUUGAAGUCUAAUAUUCAUAUUAUAGGCUCACAGACGGGGGAUUAUAUUUCACCAUCGGGAGAUGGCAAGCUACCUAGGUAAGAUCAAGGAUAGAGCGAUAUAUUCCGGUGUCUUGCAAUGUUAGAGAGUAUAGCAAUAUAUUCCGGUUCGUUACAAAACAUUUGAGAACAUUGCGUGGUCCAGACAAUGGUUUAACUGACAUUUCCAGCGUUGUGUGUAAUCCAAUACUACACAAUGGGCAAUCAACAAUCUACAACCUUAACUACAACCAGCUUGCGAUGAAUUUUUAUUUCUAAACUCUUGCAUGUUUAUCAGUUCGAUGCCAAGUCCUCACUAUAGCCUAAUGCAAAUAUUUAAAGUGCGCUUUAAGGCAACACUUGCAGUGAGGAUGUUUGUGCUUAUUUUGGUAUACUGGAUAUUGUUUGCGGUGUGACAAACCAGCUUAGUACACCGUAUGGCGCCUUCCGAAUAGUUUUCUGAUAUGAUUCACUUAUUUUAAACCAAUGUUCAUUUGCUUUAAAGUAAAAUGUAUUGUGUUAUAUGCAUAACAAGCUUGUCGUGGCCAGCCUACUUCAAUGUUUACUAAGUUACGGGGAAAUGGAACUAUAAAUAGCACACAAUUACGACAAAUUUUGGAUUUCCAUGUGGCUCACAUCUGGUCAUAAACACAGAAAUUGGAUUUCAACAAAGACCAAUAUUGGUUUUCUUCAAUGGUAUUUUUGGUAUUAUAAUUACAAUAUUCUAUUGAGCGUGGAUUUCAAACAGCAAGCGCUAUCAAUUACCCGCAGUUUUGUCAAAACAAUCCGGGAAGAUUUCAGCUCUUCAUCAUGACUCUUUUGAUUAUCAGAGAAAUGACCUUUUUCUCGUGUUUACAUUGCGCUGUACACUUCCCGCAUCAUUACACAAAACUUGUUAGUGUGGUUAAAGUACUUGAUAAAGAAUUCUUACAAACGUACUUAACAGAAUCACUGACAAAAUGAUAUUCUAGAGGGGAUUUCUUAUUUUUAAAAUAUUUCAAACUAUAAUACCUUCUUAAUUCAAUGACCGCGAUCAAAAGUUGGCACAAGUGUUAUCUAACGUAGCGUAUUUAAUUUGUUUCGACGUUAAACCGACGUUUAAGGCCUUAAGGUAUUUAUUAUAUUUACUCUUUUGUGUCUUCCUUGGCAUUCAAAAUCAAAAGCCCGAGUUUCCGGCAAUAUAAGCUUCCAAACUAUUGCCUUUUGGCACUUUUUCCCUAAAUUAUUCAACGUCAAUAACAUAUGUGCUAAAAUAGGCCGAAAUACAAUGAGCGAAGAUCAAACAUGCGUUAGGCAGGUCUUCCUGCGGAAUAUUCGAAAUUAUAGUGUACAUAUCUGUUUGUCAACUUCAAAGAUUGAAAUGAUUGUAAGAUUCCGUGAUUGUAUAAAAGAACUGCGUGACUGCAUGCGUACUAAUCUUCAUACUUCCAAUGCUCUUAAUACUUUUCCACUUUUCUCUACGUCGCUUCACAAUACAGCAGUUUACAAGGUUUUUAAUUUGGUAAGUUGCAUAAAGCACAAGUAAAGAAAAAAUCUGGGGUUCCGUGCCUUGCUUGUAACAAAAUGAAUAUUUUACCACAAUAUCGAAAAUAUUUCAAACUAAGUCUAAGGUUCUUGGGAGUGUUCUAGAAUGUAUUUGGAAUGUGAGAGGACUUUAAGUAGUUUACCGCCUCGGUUUAUGCUGCUAAAUUUACCUUAAGACACUUUAGUGGUUAAAGAUUAUGAAUAAACAUGAAUAUUUCAUUAAAUACUAUUCAAAUUGCUCUGUAUUCAGGCCGUAAUUAUUGAGCUAAAAAUAUAUAUGCCUUUACCAAACAUAUAGUCAUAGAAACAGAAGUAUUUGAUUGUUUGAAGUAUAGUCAAAGUAUAUGUUAUUAAUUUUUCGUUUUUUAUGUAACAAUGUUAUAAAGCUAUCAUAUUUGAUAGAGUGGUUUACGAUCGUUUUCAUUAGUAUUCUUAUUAAGAUUGGUUGUUAAGCCGUGUUGGUAUCAAUACCCACAUGCAAUGACACAAAGUUAUAUAUCUACUAUUGUUUGGUUUUUGUCCACGGACAAUGACUUGCCGGGCCCAAUUAAAAGAGAACAUCUAUUUUAAUCGUCAAUUAUCAAUCUUUUGUGAUGUCUUUUCGAUUACAACAUUUUUUCAACUUAACACUUGAUUGGUCAAUUGACAUAAAAUGAAAUUUUCACGAAGAUAAAUGAUUAUUGGAUGUUCUUGUUAUCACAGAGGUUCUUCUCAAAUUUUGAUCUUGCUUGAAACUGACAAUCCGAACAACAAACUUGAUUCUUCAUUCCAGUGCACAGUUGUAUAUGUGAAGUUCAAUAUAACCAACACAUUCUUCGAAGUCUUCAGUAACUUUAUUGAAAUAUUUGCUCGGUAGGAAUAUUCGCUCAAAAUAAUCAUGUUUGUAUGAAUCGCAAUGGAAACUAUUCAAAUCAGACAGAUUAAAUUUUUGAAACAAUUGUAAACUGAUUAAUCAAUGACAGAAAUCAAAGCCAGCCCAUACAUCUUCGCUUUUGUCUCGUUUGUUAAGACUACAAUUUUUUUAAUUCGAAUAAAAGGCCGAAAGAAAAACAAUUAGUACAUGCUCGUGGGUUAUCGACCAUGUUAUGAUACCAUCACUCAGGCAACUAUACAAAUUGUCUUUUCUCCACUGGUCACAACUUUCUUUUAUAUAUUCACUCACUGCGAUAUUUCAAAUCGGAAAAUGUGGGCCCGAUAUAGACUGGAGUUGCGAGGAAGUCCUGUCCACUCCGAAUCUAAAAGCCAUGCCAUAUUGAGGUUUUGAAAUGAUAUCUCACUCUCCCCAAAUGAAAUUUGACAUCAUGUUUCCAUGUUUGUUGACAAUAUAGAGAUUAGAACGUACAUGUAGUUUUUUUUAUUUCAGAAAAUGCAUCCACUUUCCUGAAUGGCGCAAAUCUAAAAUUAUUCUAUGAUAAAUGUAACAGAACUGGUCUUGUUAUUGUUCACUCCAUAUCUUUCAAGAUAUUUUCGCGUGUCCACUUUAUGUGCAUAUAAACGAAUUUCCAUUCGUAUCAUUUCAGCAAAAAGACUCCACCUGCAGAGAUUUCUGUUUCGUAAACUUUAUUGAUAUAUGUAUUCUGGUAAUUUGUACCUGGUUAAUCCUCCCAUACCUGGGACUAAAACAGGAAAAGAAUAUAUAUAAAGAUAGUGAAUUUACUGUCAAAAUAUAUACUGUAUCAACGAGCUGAAACUCACUGAAAUCAUAAAAAUUUAAACCAAACAAAUAGCGCGGUUAUUCGUGAAUCUGACAUGAUAGGAUGAUUAUACAUUUCCGCGCUAAACGUGCUUCAAUCAAUAUAUAAAGAUAUUAAGUUUGAGUGAGGAACAUGAUGGAAUGUUAUUUGUGUAUGGUAUUCAUUAAUUUUGAAAAAAGAAAAUUCUUCUAUUAACAAUUCAAGUCUCGACAUUGCAAGAUUCAUUAAGCUUGUUUGGAACAGUGAUUGAGACAGAUGAUAAACAUUGAUCUUCCGCCUUUGUUCCUAUAAAAACGUCUUGUUUAUCUUUCUGAUUAAUUUGACAGUUCCCUAUGAGAACAUUUGACGUUAUUUUACUUUCCCUUGAUUUUGCUGAACAUUUCUGCAAAAUGUGUUGGUGAACAAUUGCCUACAACAUGCACCAUUCUUUAAUGUCACUCGCUGUUUUAAUGAAAUGUUUGUGCUUUCAUUCAUUGUACAACAUUCGUCAACAACGAUGUAUGAUGAGUAUUUUCUUAUAUUUUACAAAAUGAUCGAUAAGCUGCAAAUUCUUGUAAAACAUUUGUAAAACAUUUGUAAAACACUUGCGAGGCAUUGAUAAACAUUCUUAAACAUAUUAUUAUUUACUCGCAUAUUAAUGCGGGUACUGGCGAAGUUUCUAGGAGAACUGAAAUUGGGAACGUCCUGACUAAGUUGUAAAUUCGUUUUAAAUGAGAAAGACGACGCCUUAAAAUUUGAAUGAAAUUGGACUGAAUCGUUAUCAUGCAGUGAUGAUAAUUAUAAUUAAAAUCAUAUACAUAAUGAACAUCCAUCGACAUCGUGUAUUAUCAAGUCUGAUCAGUGCAUUUUAGCAAGAUUUGAACCUGCAUAUUUUAGUGAACUAGAAUGAAAUAAGGGAACUAUGGAUGGAUCAAGAUAACUGACUGAUAUUUAAAAGCUGAAGCCAAUAUACUCUUGCAACUAAUUAACAUCAUCUGAAGGAUAUCAUAACUCAAGCAAUUACUCAAUAUUGAUUGGCUGAGAGCAGUGCAAUUUUAUCGAAAUACAUGCAUGCAGUGGCAGUGCCAAAUAAUGAAAAUUCAGUGCCAAAAAAUGAAAUACAUGGCAAGAGCCUAAACAACUAAAAAAGUAAAAUAUUCUAAAUAAGGUUUUGACUUUUGACAGCUGAAAACUUAUACUAAGUUGUUGUGCAUUUAAAUGAGCAAGACGAGUUAUAUACAUAGGCUUGUUUUAAGGUCCAGACACACCAGUGGCGUAACUACUAUGGGCUCAGACCGGGAGAACCCGGGGGCCCUAACCUAAAUGGGGGCCCCCAGGCUUAGGCGAUAGAGCAAAAACAUUAGUCAGGGCCUCUGAUAUGUUAUAAUGUCGUUUUAUGACCAUCAGAAUUCUGUAAAAUCUCUCCCCAAAGUCCAGGAAAUCGCAUUUCAGAGAGUCUAGAUUCAAAAAUUUUCCAGAUGAGCAUGCCCUGGACCCCCUAGAAAACUCGUGCAUAUACGGCGCUCGACUCGUGCCUUUGGCACUUCUACUAGGGGGGCCUUCGAAAAUUUUGAACCGGGGGCCUCGUGAUAUAACGUUACGCCACUGAGACACACCGGACGCGAUUCGACAACGCAACGCGAUUUUUCGAUUUUAACUGACCGAUAACUUUGAUCCUAGUUUAAAUUUUCCAAAUAUUUAGAAGCGCUAUAACAUUUUGAGUUAUUUGGUCGACAUAUCUUUCAAAAUUUGCUCGCAUUAGCUGUUUUAUUAACGUUCAAAAACUAAAAAAUCGCGUCGAGUUGUCGAAUUGCGUCUGGUGUGUCUGGACCUUCAUACGUCGAAUUUCGGUCGCGUCGAAUGCAAUUCAAACAAUAGAUAAUGGAGCUUAAUUAAUGAGGUUUAUCAUCUCAUCUAUUGUUUUAAUUAAUUGCAUUCGACGCGACCAAAAUUCGACGUAUAAAACAGGCGUAAAUUAUUUGAAGAUUUCACAUGUGUUUCGUGGGUGCAAUGACCUGCAUGAACUUGUUUCUGCAUAUUUUUUUGGUAUAUAAUACGUAUGAUUUCUCGUGCAGUUUGAAAAAAACAUACACGUGUAAUUUUGAUCGUUUUUGAAAAACUCGACUCGUUUAUGUUUUUUUCCAAAUUGAGAACCAUACUAUUUACAAAUGCAUGUCUGUGUAAUAAUCAAGUAUGUAGUCAUUAAGUUUAUCCGAGAAAAUCGAAGCUAAAGUUUUCCGAUUUGCAGAUCGCGAUGAUUAAACUUUCAUUUCUUUUGAAUUUUCGUGAUGAAUUAUUAAUGAUAAUUUGAAUUUCAAUGAUAAUUUGUGUUCGUACCUAGGAAAGCUUGUUAUUAUUGACACUACUUACACUGGCAUAGACCAUUCAAGAUUAUAUGUGAUUCAUAUAACAGUCCAGCUCCUUCCUGUAAAAGUUUCGAAACAUCUACCUUAUUCGUACUUAAUUUGGCGCGUAUACUUGAGUCCACAUGAUGAAAUAAGGAGAAGAACGUUCACACAUAUGAAACAAGUACCAAAUGUAUUAUCACACAAAUAUGCAUAUAACCACAAGGAAAGGUAAAAGUUUCGAAACAUCUACCUUAUUCGUACUUAAUUUGGCGCGUAUAGUUGAGUCCACAUGAUGAAAUAAGGAGAAGAACGUUCAUACAUAUGAAACAAGUACCAAAUGUAUUAUCACACAAAUAUGCAUAACCACAAGGAAAGGUAAAAGUUUCGAAACAUCUACCUUAUUCGUACUUAAUUUGGCGCGUAUACUUGAGUCCACAUGAUGAAAUAAGGAGAAGAACGUUCACACAUAUGAAACAAGUACCAAAUGUAUUAUCACACAAAUAUGCAUAUAACCACAAGGAAAGGUAAAAGUUUCGAAACAUCUACCUUAUUCGUACUUAAUUUGGCGCGUAUAGUUGAGUCCACAUGAUGAAAUAAGGAGAAGAACGUUCAUACAUAUGAAACAAGUACCAAAUGUAUUAUCACACAAAUAUGCAUAACCACAAGGAAAGGUAAAAGUUUCGAAACAUCUACCUUAUUCGUACUUAAUUUGGCGCGUAUACUUGAGUCCACAUGAUGAAAUAAGGAGAAGAACGUUCACACAUAUGAAACAAGUACCAAAUGUAUUAUCACACAAAUAUGCAUAUAACCACAAGGAAAGGUAAAAGUUUCGAAACAUCUACCU